AUGUGGUCCAUCAUCUCCAUCGCCCCUUAUGCCUUCGCCGUGGGCUUCUUCUCCUUUCUCUACUUUUGCGUCUUUCCCUAUGUUGAGUAUCUUCGUGACCCGAAAGGUCUACGCAAAUACCCCAAUCUUUCUCCCUUCUCAGGAUUCUCCGCAAUUCCAUUCAUGAUGCUUGCUUCUCGGGGGUUCCGCUCUAUGGAGUUGAUGGAGUUGCAUAAGAAGCACCCUGUCAUUCGCACAGGACCCAACACGCUGUCCUAUGGGGAUACUCGUGCCAUUAAAGACAUUUAUGGUCACAACACCAAAUGUAUCAAGGAUCCCUCAUAUGUGAUUACUGCUGGAUCGCACACCAAUCUUGCGGAUGUGGUCGACAAGCCCGAGCAUGCCCGGAAGCGCAAAGUGCUCUCGUCAGCAUAUGCCCUCAAGAAUUUGGAGACAUGGGAGUUCAAAGUCAGCGACAAAGUGGAGAGAAUGUUCAAGCACUUUGACAAAGUCUGCACAGCACCUGCUUCCACAGAUGUUGCGUCCGGCAAGACAGCGCCUGAUGCUAAAGAUCUGACGCUUGAUUUCCGGGGCUGGACAAACUUCUUCACUCUCGACGCCAUCGCCGAUAUUGGUUUGUCGGAGAAGUUGGGAUUCCUGGACAAUGGGAAUGAUCUCUGUAUCGCUGAGAGGAAAGAUGGCUCAACCUACGAGGUCAGCCUGCGAAAAGCGCUGUAUCCCACUGCCAUCAAACAAUCCCUCAUCCUUUGGAACUACGAAUGGUACCCGGUGAUCAAUAAGCUGGUCAAUGUGAUCCCGUACUUUGGGCGCAUGCAAGAAUCCGCAGACCAUUGGGAGAACAUCAUGUGGCGACGGGCAAACGAACGACUUCGGCGCUACGAAACUGGUGAAAAGCUCGAAGACUUUUUCCAGGCACUCAUGGAGGACAAGAAUGGACAUGCGAACAACCUUGAGUUUGGGGAGGUGGUAGCAGAGUGCAACAUCAUGAUGAACGCUGGUAGUGUGACAACGGCCGUUGCCAUUGCCAACGUCAUGUACCAACUUCUCCGGAACCCACGAUGUCUUGAAAAGCUGCGCGAGGAGGUUGAUGCCGUCCUGGACCCCGAUGAGGUUGUCGCACCUUACGACAAGGUUAAGCACCUCCCAUAUCUCCGCGCUUGCUUGGACGAAUCACUCCGCAUCUUCCCCCCUACAUCGCACGGUCUUCCUCGUGAAACACCCGAGGAGGGCACUAACAUCCUGGGCGAGUGGGUUGCCGGCAAGACAUCCGUCAGCAUGUCUGCUCUGGUGGCGCACCGUGACGAAAAGGUCUUCCCGAAUGCCGACCAGUACAUUCCCGAGCGGUGGCUCGGGGAAGAAGGCAAGGCGUUGCAACCCUACCUUAUUGCAUUCUCUGCUGGUGCAAGAUCAUGCAUUGGCCGCAACAUCUCCUACUUGGAACAAACCAAGGCCAUUGCCUCUGUGGUGCACCGGUACAACCUGGCUCUGGCAUAUCCGGGCUGGGAACUGAAGCGAUUGGAGUCUAUGAAUUUGAUUUUGGGCGAUAUGCCCGUUAAAAUUUGGAGGCGUGAUUUGGAAACGACUGCUUGA